AUGCUAUCGGCUGCCGAGGACAUUUUGGACAAUCAGAAGGGGACGACGAGCACGAAUACCACUAGUACCUGUGAGACAAGUCUGGAUAGCCGACACUGUAAUUCGAUAUCUGCGGGUGCGGUACUCCUGGCGGAUAACCUUCCCGCCUUGGUGGUUCAAACCACUUUUCCAUUUUUUAUGCAUCGAUUUCCUUUUGGAUUCCGUGCCAUCCUCGUCUUCAUUCUGCAAGCCGCCUCAUAUUUUGUCGUGGCGUAUUCUGGAAAUAUAGCAAUGUCCCUUGCUGGAGUGUGCAUGGCAUCACUGGGACAGGGAAUUGGGGAGAUCACGUUUUUGGCAAUGGCGGCACAUUAUGUUCCAGAAACCAUCGCUUCCUGGUCAUCAGGAACUGGCGGCGCCGGUCUCAUCGGAUCCUUCUCCUACGCAUUCAUCACUCAGGCUGGACUUUCCCCGUCGAACACUCUACUCGCUCAACUGUUCAUUCCAGUUCUCUUUGCAGCCGCAUACUUUAUUCUGUUGACUAUUCCAGAGACAGUGUAUUCACCAACGUUCCAUCCAAAAACAUGGAUCAUACCGGAGAAUUACGAUAAGGAUGUUUUCGAAGCCGCCGAAGCCCGUGGCGACGUGAUGAACACCAAAAAAGUGCCACAACGGGAACUAAGCCCUCUCGACCGUCUGAAACUCAUCGGUCCCCUGCUCUACCUCAUGAUCCCCCUAGCUACAGUAUACUGUGCAGAGUACAUGAUAAACCAAGGGCUCACCGAGCUUAUCAUAUUCAACUGCUCUCAAGGCCUGAAUCUCCCUCUUUCCAGUCAAUAUAGAUGGUACCAGGUGUUGUAUCAACUCGGCGUGUUUUUGUCCAGGUCAUCCGUGAAAUUCUUCGAAAUGCCGUUAUGGAUGAUAUGGUGUCUUCCGGUUCUUCAGUGUGCCAAUAUGAUAUUUUUCUUCUUUGAAGCAGUCUACUGGUUUACCCCAACAAUUAUUUUAAUUUUUGUGCUCAUUGUAUUCGAGGGGCUCCUAGGAGGCUCUGCCUAUGUCAACACCUACAAUAAGAUUCAUAAGAAGGUGAGUCCGGAUGUCCGUGAGUACUCGUUAUCCGCUGCGUCGAUGGGCAACUCGCUGGGAACCAACAUCGCCGCAUUCCUCUCGAUCCCCCUUUACAAUUGGGUGUGCUCCAUGAAUGCUCCGCAUCGAUGA